GGGAAUGUAGUAGUUCUUCUUUUCUGAGAACCAGGUACUUACACUACAUGAUGUUAUGAUGUGGAAUACCAAUAACCAAAAAUCAUAAAACCAUGACAGAGUUAUACAUAAAAACUCUUUUAGGUGCUCAGAAACUGUGAUUUCAGUCCAUGACAGUAAAGUCAGGACCAGUUUUCAUUUGCUAAGUACAAUCUUACAAAGAUGGAAUCCCUCUCACAUGACCUCUUCUACAUGGAAUAGUUUCUCCUCAUCUAUGUGUUUCACACAUGGGACUAAUGAAGAACACUCCUGGCAUGCUAAGGGCUAGGACCAUUAUUAAUAUAAUAAGAGACACAGAAUCAAUACUAAGUGUAGCAAUAAAUACUAAAGCUUGCAUUCCUGUUCACAUCAAAUCAACAAAUUUUCAUUCGUGCUAUUUGAUUCUCCUCAUUACUUUAAGCUUGGUGAAUAGUUUCACAUCCCUUCAUAAGCAUUCCAUGGAGAUAAUGCAGAACAUGAUAAAAAUAAUAAAACAUAGCAUGAGACAUCAAAAUUAAACUAAAGAUUUCGAGAAAUGAAAAUCCCAACCCACUUCAGAUUCUCAAACGUUCCUCUACAUCAUUCUGUAUUACUGGUAUCUGUGGCUUAAUAUUACAUAUUUAACCAGUUCCACAGAUUAUCUCUACUGUGAAUUGUUUUGCAAAAAGGAAACUGCCAUCAGUCUUUCCUUAGAAGUACCUGUUUCUCUGGUCAUAGAAUCAUAGAAUAGCUUGUGUUGGAAAUGACCUCAAAGAUUAUCUAGUUCCAGCCCCCUGCCAUGAGCAUGGUUGCCAAUCACAAAAUCAGGCAGAAGAUCAGGUUGCCCAGGCCCCCAUACAACCUGGCCUUGAACAUCUUGAGUUCUGUCAUGACUGGAAGCCUGCUGAAAAAAGAAUAAAUAAAACUUUACUUUUUUUAACCAAGAUGAUAAGACACUGUUUUAAUGACUGGUGCCAGCUGUUAAGUCACAGUGAUGGUGGGAAACAGUCUCUGGAUUUUCUGUCCCUCAAUUUCCAUAUCUUCACCUUUGUUAGAGUCACCAUACACUGCACUCAGGUGGUAUGACACCCCAGUACGCAAGUUCUGUAAGUUAGUACAAGUACAACGGUGAUGCUGAAGCUGAGAAUUUAAGCUCACCCAGGCUUGGCAUUACUUAGCAUCUGACCAAAGUACUUAGAAGCCACAAAGACCAUCCCGGAGCCAAGCAUUUAAGACUAGAGAGAAUAAUUUCUAACAAAAAAUUACAUGAGGCUUCCACCUCAUCAGCUACUUGCUACAGCACUCCCAAAGGCAGUAGAAGACUUUCUUGAAGUCCUUUCAUCAUUAUGAAUUUCAUAAAAACCACUGCAGUCAGGGACUCUCUUGCGAAUUAUUAGAUUAGAUACUACAGGAUAAUUCUCUUCUGUUUAAAUUCUUUUACUUUGCAUACACAAUGUACUUGAGCUUAGCUCCUGAAUUAACUUUCCAUAUUCCAAAGAAAAAGCCUAAAGGAUUAUUCAGUAGAGAAGAGACAAACAUGCCACUGGAAAUACAAUAUCUUAGACUGAAGCUUUAAAAUUUGCGUCUAAUAUCAAAUUAAAUCCCGGCCAUUUUUUUUUCCUCUAGCACUUGCUCAGAACAUACUGCUGUGCUUUCUCUGUGUAUCAAAUAUUCAUAGGCUCUAGAAGAAAUGUAUCUACCCAAAUCAUGUAAAACAGUGCCAAAAGUGUGACAUAAAACAUACAUAAUACGACAGGUGAAACUCAAAAUAUGCUUUUCAACAAUUACUUACAAUGAAGUGCAAGUAUGGAAACACUCCACUGUGUGCAGAAACCACAUUUUCUUUACAUUCACGGCACUCAUAUUCUCUACAAAUGCUUCAAUGACUAACAGUUUAAAGAUCACAGAGCACUUUUACCUCAUCAACUAAAACUUACAGCUCAUUACACCAUCUUGUGAAAAAUCAAACCAUAUAUCAAUAACACUUUGCAGACCUGUGCAUGAAGGCAAUGGCACUCAAAAUUUCCCCCACAGAUCUGAAGGCAAUAGCACUUAUAAUUUCCUUUACAGAUCUGAUCUACAGGUAAUUCUAUGCACACUGUAUAUUAGGCAUAUAAGCAGUCUUUGAUAUUUGAUAGCCAACUAUUUACGUCAUUCAAGUUAUGUACAUGUGUAACUGUUUUGCUGAAUAGAUGUUGUUCUGAUCUCUACUCCACAGAGCAAUAGGAGCAAAUAAACAGCACAAAGUUUAUGAAAAUAUUCUGUCCAUCUAUAGCACCUUUCACCAAAGAAUCUCAGAGCAAGAAUUCUUUGCCUUUUUCAACAUUUCCCUCUCUGUUGCACUGCCUCAAGCACAAUGCUCCCUGUGACAUUAUGACUUGGGAAGCACUGUCACCCCAGAAAAAACACUCUGAGACACUUGAUAAGCAAUGAAGACCGAAACAGUGAAGGAGCAAGUCAGUUCAAAAGGAUAACCCUGAGGGCUGAUUAGGCCUCAGCUGCAAGCAGCAAGCAUUAGAUUGUGAAGGACAUCAUAAAAGACAACUUUUACAUGAUUAUUUUUUAUAGUGAUCAAACAGAACUGAAAUGCAAUAUCUGGAAACAAAAUGCCUGCCCAGAUGCUGUAUAUUCUCUUUUUUUUUUCCCCCAUAUACAGAUAUAGAAAUGAUGAUGAAGCUGUAACUGUUUGAGAUCUGGUGUAAAGUGCUACAGAUAUCAAUACGCACACAAGAUAAACCCAGAAAUACUGUCAUUUCUUUCUAAUGUUGUUCUAAUCUCUCCAGAUAUGAAAAAAAAACAGUCUUGUCUCUGUGAACAGCGGCUCCAACAAUUGCAGACAGUUACAAGUGACUUAAAGAAGCCUAAGAUAGCUAUCCUUCUUAAAUAGAAGAGCUCAAUAGAGAGAACUUGCUUGCUUACUUACACUUCUGAAUUUGUAUUUUAUGGCAAGCCACCAUAAAAGUAAUAACUGCUACAUAUAUGUAUAAAAUCAGUGAAAUACAAUUGGGCAAACACAAGGUUCUGGCUAAAAUCCUCCACUACUCACUGCUUAGAAUGCUGCAGAUAACAAGUUUGCUGCAAGAAUGGGCCUCAGAAUUUAAGUAUUUUUAGCUUUAUGUUGUCUUUUAUAAAUCUUGCACUUCUAUACUAGUAUCUUUUUUUAUAAUGUUGUGGGGUUUUUCAUAAUUUUGCUUUCACAAUUUACUUUAACUUGCCAAAUGUUCCCUGACUGCACGCAUUCCCCUUGAAACACACAAUUGUGAAAUUUGCUGCUGGUGAAGAAAAGGUAAAUUCAUCCAACUUGGCCUGCAUUAAAAACAAAAUGCUUUAAGAGCUAAAAAAUGACUUUAGAAAAGGGAAAGACAAUUUUUCAGUUAAUUUAUACCACAUCUACAUAGGACUCAAUUGCAGUUUUUAAUCAAGAAAUUGAACUUCAUUUCUUAUUAAAAAAAAAUAGUUCUAUCAGUCCAACAAUUUAAUUCUCACUUAAUGUCCCCCAUGAACACUACUAUGAUUUUCAGUCACAGAAAUAUUUUCACAUUUUCAAGCAAAUUUCUCCUCCAUCAUUUCAUUCCAACUUGCAUGUAUUUUCUUUCUUCAGUAGAAAAGGAAAAAAAACUUCAAAUAAAUGGCAAAUUUACUACAUAACUGCAAACUAGCAUUGUUGUCUCAGCUGUUAUACUCCUGCCCAGAUUAAACUGCUCUUUACUUGCUUUGAGUCAAAAAGGUUGCCUUCAUAUCUCCUUAUCAAAUAAAAAAUGUGUAAAAUUGUUCUGUCAAUAUCUGCCAACUUACCUUUUAUCCCAAUUUAGAUGCUUACAUACGAGCCUGCAUUGGACACAGUAAUCAUACGAUUAAAUUAAAUAAAAAAAAAAAUCUAAGAGGGAAUGGCACUGAAGUAAACUGUGUAAUCACAAAACACCAUUGUGUUUCCUUGCAUGUUACUAUCAAAUGAGUAUUAAAAACACGUAAAAACUAAAAUUUAAAUUUUCUUAACUCUUGUUAGGGCAGUAUAAAUUGAUAAGGAUAUCAAAUAAACUCUUCCCUCUUUUCCUGUCUAAGAAAACAGAAAAUUCAAGGAGAAAUAGCAGUAAAAUGCUUGGUCUAAUCAAGACCAUGGGAAUCUAAGUACCAAAGUGUUUACUGAAGAAAUAUUAGCUGCUAUCAACCCAGAACAAGAGCACUGAUACCUGAUUACAAAAAAAUCUGAGAUACCUCUCAGACCAGAAUGUCAAAGCCAACAUCCAAGGCAAUAACCUAUUUAGCAUUUCCAUCUCCUACACUUACAACAUUACAUCUAAGGGAGAUGAUCUUUGUCACAACUCUUCCUGAGACAAGGCUGAGAAGAAAAGGUUUUUUUACUACUAGAGUAGCUCCAUUGUGUGCAAGUUUGAAAGGUUGAAGCAGAGAGAUUUCAUGCUUAACAAGCUACCUAGAGAAGUCAAUUAAAAAAUACACAUUAGAAAAUGCACAUAUAAACUCUUGCCCAGCACAAGAGGUAAUUUCUUCAGGACAGAUCAAGCCUCAUCUACCUAACAUAAUAAGGAAAAUAGGCUUCAGAACAAGAACAGAACCAACUUCUCCAUACGGUCUUCUAUCCUGAAUUUCUAUUGGCUCCUUAACUUUCACAGAAGAAAUUAAUACACACGAAAGAAACAAAAUGGGGAAAACUACCUGGGCAGAACAAGAUAAAACAGACUGCUGGAAUAGAGGAAGAAGUGCAAAAACAGAAUGUCAAGAAGGGGAAAAUAAUUCUGAAGAGAUUCUGUUAGGGAAAGUCCUACUUACUCCUCAGAACUAAUGUGCAGUGGGAGGAGUCAUGGGAACAAGAAAGAGCUUACUGUAAUCAGCAAUGUAAACAAGAAGAAAAGUGUGCCAGAUAAGCUACACUUGUCAGGAGUAACGACUGUGCUCUUCAUGAACUGAGGUAUGAAGACCUGGGUCAGGAAUUCAGAAUGUCUGCUAAAAAGAAAAAAAAAGAGAAAAGUGGGAACGCUGCAUAAAAACCUGCCAUAAAUGUGUUUUCAUAGAAUGGCUGCAAUAAAAGAAUUCAUAAUAAUGCAAUCUAUGUGAUGAGCGUAAAUACUGGAUGAGCCUGCCUUAAGAAGAAAAUUUCAUUUUGUCUAUCUGAUAACAAAGAAGUGAUGCUGAAUGCAUGGCAAGCUGCACAGAGGAGAAGAGUCAAAGAAAAUUCCGAAGUUCUGAAAAGAGAAAACAUACAAACUGGUGUAAUCACUUUGGAAGUAGCUGUAGAGAAAGACACUUUCCAAGAAGAGAAAAUAUAAGACCCACCGAAAGUGAAAAGCAACGGUGAUUACAGUUCCUCAGCUAAGGAUUUUCUAAGAAAAAUUCCCCAUGAGUAACACGAAGACAAUAAGACCAAAAGUUGUCAGUUCAGUUUUCAGUUAAUGUUUUCAGGGGUGCAAGGGGUUUCUGUUCCAGAAGUUCUUCAGCACACAGAUCCCUUCUUUUAUAUGUCCAUUUCCUUUGUUUGCCAUCAGUCUCUCCCAUGCUCCAUUGCAUGGUGCUAGUUGGUGUGAUUUCUGGUCAUUGUUUCAACUGUCAAAACAGCUAUGCAUGCAAAGUGCGUUAUGUCUGCAUCGCAUUGCACAAUUUUUCAUGACCUCCCUAGUACUGUAGGUACCAAAAAUUCUACUUUUGCUGGCAGGCAUCACUUCACUUCCAUUGAACGACUCCUGCUUACAACGCCUCUGCAAUCUCAUAUGAUCAUUUUACCUCAGUUCACAUCUGACCCUGGCAAAGCAGCCCAGCUGGCACAUAACAAUCUGCCUUUCGUGCUGCUUUUUUUUUUCAGACUGUUCAGACUGACUUUUCUCACACAAGUCUCCAUAUAUGUUCUACUUCGGUUCCUCUUGACACAACUGAGAGAAACACGAAAAGCCCCUGGAAGAAGAACAGCUAGCUCCCACUCAGGCCGCCCCGUAUAAGGCAGCCAAACUGAAGCACUCGGCCUGGGCUGAGAUGCCCACACCGCGCAGCCGCACCGCCUAACGCCCACAGGCCAGGCGCGCUCCCUGCGGCCAGCACCGCCCAACGGGGCCCGCCGCAGGGUGAGCUGGAUAUCUGACAUUAUUGUGGUGGUCUCUCCUGAAAAUAUUGAAACAAUGAAGUCUAUCAUUGAAAAAUAUGGCCACAAAAGAGUUACGGUAGCAGAAGGUGGAAUAACUCGUCACCGAUCGAUUUUCAAUGGACUGAAAUUAUUUUCAGAGAAUGGGUUUUCCAACCAUCUGCUCCAGAAACCGGAAGUAGUGAUUAUCCAUGAUGCUGUGAGACCAUUUGUUGAAGAGGAUAUUCUUCUAAAAGUGGUGAUGGCUGCUAAAGAACACGGGGCAGCAGGAGCAAUUCGUCCUCUAGUUUCUACUGUUAUUGCCUCUGGUGCAGAUGGAUGUUUAGACCACUCAUUGGAACGUGCCAGGUACAGAGCAAGUGAAAUGCCUCAGGCUUUCUUAUUUGACAUAAUCUAUCAAGCAUACCAACAGUGUACAGACUAUGAUCUGGACUAUGGAACAGAAUGUUUGCAUCUGGCUCUGAAAUACUGUCAAAUAAAUGCUAAACUUGUUGAAGGAACAGCUGACCUCUGGAAGGUGACCUACAAGCGGGAUCUGUAUGCAGCUGAAUCAAUUAUUAAGGACAACUUAUCACAACAAAUUUGUAUUAUUACUGAUGUGAAGGAAGCUGUUGUGCAAGUAGGUUUUCUCCUUCAUGAAUCUCUAAGAAGCCAACUAAAAGUUGAAGGCAUAUCAGUAUCUCUAAGCAAACGUGAUAGCCAUCUACAGAACAUCUUUUCAGGACAGUGCUACAAUUUUGUUUGCAUAAAUGAUAAAAAGUAUGCCACUGAAGAAAUCCAGCAGCUAGUGGAUAUGUUAGAAAAAUCAGAUAUUCCUCUCUUACAUCCAGUUGUUCUUAUUUCGGUGCACUUGAAUAGUUCAGAAAAUACUUCUUUCAGCAUUGAUUUGGAAGAACUAACUAGAAUGAAGAAAUUUGCAAGGGAAGUGAAAAGGAAAAAUAUUUUGGUUUAUGGUCUUCUUCUCCAGUAUAAGGACUAUUUCCCACUUCAGGAGACAGUAAAUUCUGCUGCUGCUCUUACCAUGGCACUAAUAAAGGACAGGAACCCUGAGCUGACUGGCCAGCUUCUGUUUUGCAGGUUACCUAGCUUGAAAAGAUGAUCUGAUGGUUCUGUGAAAACAGCUGAAAGACUGAAGAGGAUUGAAUACAGUGGAAUUAAAAAAGCAAACAACAACAUAAAGAAAUGAAGCGGAAUGUGACCCUAUUGUAAUCAGUGGCAUAAAUCUAGCUGACUUCAAAAUAUGAAGUCUUCUGUUUAUCUCAGUAACUAGCACAGGCUGCAGAACAAAAAGCAUGUCUGGAAGCCUUAAAGCCUCUGGUGCAUUCAGAUUUGCAUUUGUACACAACACCAAUGCCUUCUCAUCUCCACAGUGCUGUUCUAGGUGCCACCCAAACGGAAACUUCCAAAUAAAUGUCUGGUUCUCAA